AUGCGUUUCGCUCUUGCUACCGUUGCCCUUGCCGGCGCCGCCCUGGCCCACGGCCACGAGGAGGAGGCCCAGAGCACUGUUUACUCGACCGAGUACUACACCAUCACGUCGUGCGCCCCGGAGGUCCCUGACUGCCCGGCCAGCUCCACCGUCGUCACGUCCUCGGUCGUCGAGAUGACCACCUCGACCGUCUACAGCACCACCACCAAGACCAUCACCGACUGCCCGGACACCGUCUCCAACUGCCCGGCUGACUCCACCACCGUGGUCACCGAGACCGUCGCCGUCUCCACCACCGUCUGCCCGGUCGAGCCCACUGAGACCCCCGAGGUCCCUGAGCCCACCGAGACUCCCGGCUCCCCCGAGGAGACUGAGACCGAGAGCCCCGAGACUCCCGAGGAGACCGAGACCCCCGAGGUCCCUGAGCCCACCGGCUCGGUCAUCCCUCCCCCGGCGGUCAGCUCGACCCUGGUGACUGAGGCCCCCGCCUGCCCCACCACCUCGGUCAAGACCAUCAAGACCUCCAUCACCACGGUCAUCCCCACCAUCAUCUACGAGACCGUCGAGGUCCCGUGCGAGACCGAGACUCCCCCCGCCCAGAGCACCCCCUCGUCGGUCCCCACUGGCACCCGCCCCGGCGGCCCCGUUGAGACCGCCGGUGCUGCCACCUUCGGCGCCUCGGCCCUCUUCGCCGCCGCCGCCGGCCUCUUCGCCCUCAUGGCUUAA